ACUUGAGCAACAGGUGUCUGUGAGAAGAACGGCAUCAGAAGUUUAUAUUAUAAAUAUAACAUAUAGACAUAAAACUCAUUAUAUUACACAAUUCUCUCUUUCUCUAAAGGAUUUUAUUGACUCAGAGAUGGAUGCAGCAUCCAACAAUGAGUUUAAACUCGUUUCCCACCAAGAUAAAGGAGUUCAACUUGGUUCUGCUGUCACAUUUACCUGUUGUCUGUCACCUGAAAUCAGUGCUGUUGACAUGGAGAUCCGGUGAUUUAAGGGAACAGACUGUGUUUGUCUCUAUAAGAACAGACAGAUGGCAGAGGGGAGAGCUUACAAGGGUAGAGUGUGCCUGUCCGAGGAGCUGGAGAGAGGAAACGUCUCCUUACAGCUGAGAGAGAGUCGUGAAUCAGAUAUAGGACACUACCUGUGUCGGGUGACUGAUGGUGAAAGGACAGCGUGGCUUACGGUACGACUGUGGUGGCACCCUCUUCGUAGCUUAAGAAGACUUUUUCAUUGUGGGGUCAUUCCUAAUGUGAUCAUGCAGCAGUGGGGAAGAAAAUGGACAGAAGAGGAGAAGAUGAGAAUGGAAGAGUCUUCUUUGCUGACUGAACACAAUAUGGAUGUUAAAACCAUCAUAAAGGAACUUCUAAAGACGCAUGCCGCACUAGAGAAAACUGAGCAGCAACUGAAAAACACCAAGCUGGAUCUAGAAAGAGCAACGAGAGAACUGGAGGAUGGUACAGACCUUUACUUAUCAGGCUCUGUGCCAAAAUUGUAUCCUCCCAUCAUGGGUGGAGCAUCAUCAAGUUCGGAUUCUUCCCACUUGAGGCUGGUGCUGCUGGGAAAGACUGGGUCCGGAAAGAGUGCAGCAGUAAGCACCAUCCUGGGAGGAGAGGAGGAGAACCAGGAUCUCACACUUAAUGCUACAUCCACCCAGAAGAGUGAGAGCAUACAGGUGGAGGUGGCUGGGAGGAUGGUGACUGUGGUGGACACUCCUGACUGGUUCUCUCCUGGACUCCCUCUGGAGAAGCUAAAACAAGAUAUGGAAUGUUGUGUUCGUUUCUCUGCUCCAGGACCCCACGCCUUUCUUCUGGUCAUACCUGUAAAGCAGCCUACAGGAGAGGAGAGAGGGAUGCUGGAGAAAAUGGAGGAGAUUUUUGGAAAUGAAUGUUGGGAGACCACUUUCAUUCUUUUCACCGUUACUGAUGAACUUCAGAAGAGCAAUGUUGAGGAAUUCAUCCAAUCAGGAGACCAGGAGGUCCGGAGACUUGUAGAGAAAUGUGGGAACAAGUUUCACUGUCUCAACAUUAAGAAGAGUGGAGAUAGUUCUCAGGUCUCAGAACUGCUGGAGAAGAUAGAGAAGAUGGUGGAAGGAAGCAGAAAGAAGUUCUAUAGCAUUGAGAUUUAUCUGGAAACACAAUCUGAGAUUGAAAAAAUUAUUAUGUUGCUUAAAGAAAAAAAGAUAGCAAAAGAAGUAAAAGAAAUGGAAGUCAAACUGGAGCAGGAGGUCACCGGUUCUCUGAAAAAGAUCAAAGGAAUGAUCCAGGAGCAUGAAAAAGAUAUUACACAGCUGAACAGUCAAAUAGCUGAACUGGAAAGAAAAACUAAAGAAGAAAUGGAUGAAUCAAAAAGAGACAAAUUGGAAAAGGAACUAGAAGGAGAAAUGCAGAAGAGGACAAAGAUUGAGAAUAUAAUAGUGAUACUAAAUGAAAAGAUAGAGUGGGAGAGAAAAGAGAUGGAUGAGAAACUCAAACGAGAGGUGGAGGAGAUCAGGAAGGCCUAUGAAGGAGAGACUGGAAUGGAGGCAGAGAGAAACCUGAUAAAGAUCAUGCAUCCUGAAAUCCAGAGAUAUAUUUCAAUAUAUUCCAAAUCAAUGAUGGAGGAAGAUUUCAGAGAGAAGAUGGAAGAAAAGGAUAGAGAGCUGGAGAUACUAAAACAAACCCUGACAGCACUUAGAGAAGAGACAAAAGAAUCCAUGAUGGGAAAAGAAGCUCAAGAAAGCUCAGGAGAAAUUGUCUCCCUAAACAAGUUUAGAAAACGUUGUGGGAGUAUAUGAUUACUGAGAGCUUCCCUUUGUUUGUUAAAGUCGAUGAAUUUAAAAUAGAAGAAAAUAUCUUCACCUGAAGUUUUGGCAACCAGAUUCAUACAAAAGUGGUGCAAAAGACUUGUGUGGAAAUACAGUUUAUACAGUUGCUAAACUUUAUUUUAUCUUUCACCAUCACUAACUUUUCAUAAUUAUUAUUAUUAUUAUUAGUCAUAUUUCAUUUUAAGGUUUCAGUAGAUUAACUAAAAAAACAUUGCUUUUAUAUCAUUUUAAUAGUCACAGAUACACAUGUGGUCUAUAUUAUUAUUUUUUUAUAAUCCUUUUUUUUCAACUAUUCUCUCCAAUUUCUAUUUUAAUCUUUUGUCUGUGACCACUGGAGAAUAUAAUAUGUUUGGUGUUUAAUUCAAUCUCUGGGCUGCUUUUUCACAAAUCCAUCCUUCAGCCUUCCCACUAAGGUCAGCUGUUGCACCCAAGGGCUCACAUUCAGACUUUUCUUCCUCCUUGUUCUGAUCAUACUCCAUAGCAUAAUCCUGAAAAGAAUAAAAUUGUGUUUACAGUUAUAAAGAUGCUGCAUCCUUCAUAACUUAAAAAAAUAAAAAACAUAAG